AUGUCUUUUGGUAGAAAAAAUGAAUUUAAAAACGAUAUUAAUAAUCGGCGAGAUAACAAUAUAAAUGUGAAAGAUGUUCAAAGUGAUUCAUCAACAUCAACAAACAUGUCUUCAAAUGUCAAACAACUUCGACAAAAAGAAGCUUUGAAAAAGUUGGCUUCUAACUUUAAACAGAAAACUUCAGAAAAGAAGCAGCCUGGAUCAUGGCAAUCUCUAAUAACAAAUCUUUUAAAUUCACAGCGUGGAAAACUUCCGCUUUUACUAGCAGUAGAGGCAGGGAAUCAAUCAAUGGUUCGGGAGCUUCUAUCAGCACAAACAGCUGAACAAUUAAAAGCUACAACAGCAAAUGGAGAUACGGCAUUACAUUUAGCAGCACGUCGACGUGAUGUUGAUAUGUGCCGUAUUUUAGUAGAUUAUGGAACAAAUGUUGACACAACAAACGGCGAAGGUCAAACUGCGUUACAUAUAGCAGCGGCUGAAGGAGAUGAAGCUUUGGUAAAAUAUUUUUAUGGCGUCCGAGCGUCAGCGUCAAUUGCAGACAAUCAAGACCGAACACCUAUGCAUUUAGCUGCUGAAAAUGGACACGCAACUAUUAUUGAGUUACUUGCCGAUAAAUUCAGGGCAAGUAUAUUCGAGAGAACAAAAGAUGGAAGCACAUUAAUGCAUAUUGCGUCACUUAAUGGACAUGCUGAUUGUGCUCAAAUGCUUUUUAAGAAAGGAGUGUUUUUACAUAUGCCAAACAAGGGAGGUGCUAGAAGUAUUCAUACAGCAGCACGAAAAGGUCAUGUAGGAAUUAUAAAUACACUUCUUCAGAAAGGUGAACAUGUUGACGUGACGACCAAUAAUAAUUACACUGCAUUGCAUAUAGCUGUUGAAUCAGCAAAGCCAGCAGUUGUGGAAACAUUGCUAGGUUUUGGUGCGGAUCUUCACAUUCAAGGUGGAAAGUUAAAGGAGACGCCAUUGCAUCUUGGUGCUCGGGUUUCUGAUGGUGAUCGUUGCGUGUUGAUGCUGUUGAAAUCAGGAGCUAAUCCUAACAUUAUAACAGAGAAUGGUGAAACUCCCGUUCAUGUUGCAGCACGCUAUGGUAAUGUUGUUACAUUAGACUUGCUUCUUGAUGAUAUGGGAGAUCCACUUUUAAAAUCUCACUCGGGAGAAACUCCACUUCAUUUAGCAUGUCGACAUUGUCAUCCUGAAAUCGUACGACAUUUAAUCGAUUAUGUGAAACAUAAACAUUCACCAGAAAUUGCAACAUCAUAUAUCAACGCUACAAAUUCAAUUGGUGAAACAGCAUUACAUAAAACAUGCCAAAUACCUAAAGAAGAAGUCAGAAUACCAGAAUCUGACAAAGAAAUUGUCAAAAUGUUAUUGGAAAAUGGGGCUGACGUUUCAUUACAGACAAAGUCAACAAAUGAGACAUGUUUUCAUUACUGUGCUCUUGCAGGAAAUAAUGAAAUUCUAUUGGAAAUGUUGACCCAUAUGAAUGCGACAGAAGUGCAGAAAGCGAUGAACCGUCAAUCAACAGUUGGUUGGACGCCACUUUUAAUUGCAUGUCACAAAGGCCAUAUGGAGUUGGUAACAAGUUUACUAGGAAAUCAUGCAAGAGUCGACGUUUUUGAUACAGAAGGUCGAUCGGCACUUCACUUAGCGGCUGAAAGAGGCUACUUGCAGGUGUGCGACGCUCUAUUGUCAAAUAAAGCUUUCAUAAAUUCAAAGUCAAGAGUUGGUCGAACUGCCUUACAUUUGGCAGCAAUGAAUGGCUACACACAUUUAGUGAAGUUUCUCAUUCGAGAUCACAAUGCAGUCAUUGAUAUUCUUACACUUCGGAAACAAACGCCUCUUCAUUUAGCAGCAGGGAAUGGUCAACUCGAAGUUUGUAAGCUUUUACUAGAGCUUGGUGCAAGCAUGAAUGCGACAGAUGAUUUAGGACAAAAGCCGAUUCAUGUUGCUGCCCAAAAUAAUUUUUCCGACGUUGCCAAAUUAUUUUUAGAGCAACAUCCGCAGUUAGUAAUGGCUACGAGUAAAGAUGGAAAUACUUGCGCUCAUAUUGCAGCAAUGCAAGGAUCUGUUCGUGUGAUUGAAGAGUUGAUGAAAUUUGAUCGUACUGGAGUUAUAAAUGUGAGAAACAAGUUAACAGACUCUACUCCCCUGCAAUUAGCUGCCGAAGGUGGACAUGCUGAGGUUGUCAAAGCUUUAGUUCGUGCUGGUGCUUCAACGACAGAUGAGAACAAAUCGGGGUUCACGGCUGUCCAUUUAGCAGCUCAAAAUGGUCAUGGACAAGUAUUAGAAGUGAUGAGAAGUUCGGGAUCGUUAAGAACAUCUAGUAAAAAACUCGGUCUAACGCCUUUGCAUGUUGCUGCUUAUUAUGGUCAAGCUGAUACAGUUCGAGAACUUCUUGUAACUGUUCCGGCUACUUUGAAAUCAGACACACCAACAGGUCAAUCAUUAGUGCCAGAGCUUGGAUCUGAAUCUGGGUUAACUCCAUUGCAUCUUGCAUCUUAUUCUGGAAACGAAAAUGUUGUUCGAUUACUUCUCAACUCUGCUGGUGUACAAGUCGAUGCGGGAACAUCAGAGAAUGGAUACAAUCCACUUCAUCUUGCAUGUUUUGGAGGUCAUGUUUCUAUUGUUGGAUUAUUGUUAAGCAGAUCAGCAGAGUUAUUGCAUAGCACUGAUCGACAUGGAAAAACUGGGCUGCAUAUAGCAGCAAUGCAUGGACAUUAUCAAAUGGUGGAAGUUCUACUUGGCCAGGGUGCUGAAAUUAAUGCAACUGACAAAAAUGGAUGGACACCACUUCAUUGUUGUGCAAAAGCUGGAUUUUUGGAUGUUGUUAAGCUAUUAACAGAAUCUGGUGCUACGCCAAGAAGUGAAACCAACUAUGGGUGCGCUCCAAUUUGGUUUGCAGCUUCAGAAGGUCAUAAUGAUGUCUUAAAAUAUCUGAUGCAUCGUGAACAUGACACAUAUGCGUUAAUGGAAGAUAAAAGAUUUGUUUAUAAUCUGAUGGUUGUGUCAAAAAACAAUCAAAACAAGCCAAUUGAAGAGUUCAUUCUGGUGUCACCAGCUCCAGUAGAUGCAGCUGCUAAAUUAUCAAAUAUUUAUAUUGUUUUAUCAACGAAAGAAAAAGAACGAGCCAAGGAUUUGAUUGCCGCUGGUAAACAAUGUGAGACAAUGGCAACUGAACUUUUAGCUUUAGCUGCAGGUGCUGAUUCAGCUGGAAGAAUAUUGACAGCUAUUGAUCGACGUAAUGUUGAAUUCUUAGAUGUUCUCAUAGAAAGUGAACAAAAAGAAGUGAUAGCACAUACAGUUGUUCAACGGUAUUUGCAAGAACUUUGGAGGGGAAGCUUAAAUUGGACAGCAUGGAAAAUUAUGUUACUCUUCUUUGGCUUCAUAAUUUGUCCUCCUGUAUGGAUUAUUUUCACACUGCCUCUUGGACAUAAAUUCAACAAAGUGCCUAUCAUAAAAUUUAUGUCAUAUUUGACAUCACACAUUUAUCUUAUGAUACAUUUGAUGAUUGUUGGCAUCAUGCCGCUUUAUCCUGUCGUACGACCAAGUUUACUUCCAUACUGGUACGAAUGGGGUUUACUUAUAUGGUUGAGUGGACUUUUGCUAUUCGAAUUAACAAAUCCAAGUGAUAAGUCAGGUCUUGGAAGUAUAAAAGUUCUCGUUCUUUUGUUUGGAGUUGUAGGCGUUGGAUGUCAUGUUGCAGGCAUGACUUUGAUUGAGAAAGCGUAUUGGCCAACACUCAUGUACAUAAGAAAUCAGUUUUUCGCUUUAUCAUUUCUGUUGGCCUGUGUACAGAUUUUAGAUUUUUUAUCAUUCCAUCAUUUGUUUGGUCCAUGGGCUAUCAUCAUUGGAGAUCUUCUUAAAGAUUUAGCUCGUUUUUUGGCUGUGCUUGCAAUUUUUGUGUUUGGAUUUUCCAUGCACAUUGUUGCACUCAAUCAAUCGUUUCAAAAUCUCACACCAGACGAUAUCAGAAGACUGCAAAGACAAGUUAAUGCGGCAGGAUAUUUUUCAGACGAUGUAGAAAAUGAAAAUAGUAACGAAAUAGAUGAAGAAUUGAAACUGGAAACAUCAGCAGAAGAUAUGGUAAAUGGAGAAUAUCCUUCUGGGCCUUCCAUGCCCGUCACUGAUCUCUAUAGACGUAAACAUAAAACAGACAUUCGAAUGAAUCCAAUUACCUCUUUUGAACUGUUGUUCUUCGCUGUAUUCGGUCAAACGACGACAGAACAAACACAAGUCGAUAAGAAUCAAAAUAAUGCGACAAGAACACAGCCCUACUGGACAGAAUAUCUGUUCAAAGUUGUCUUUGGCAUUUAUAUGUUGGUAUCAGUAGUUGUAUUGAUCAAUCUACUGAUUGCUAUGAUGUCUGACACUUAUCAGAGGAUUCAGGCCCAAUCUGAUAUUGAGUGGAAAUUUGGAUUAUCAAAGUUGAUUCGAAACAUGCAUAGAACGACAACAGCUCCUUCUCCUUUAAAUCUUAUAACCACAUGGUUCGUGUGGGUUGUCGAUUUUUGUAGAACAAAAUUCCGUAAACGUAAACGACCCAGUUUUGCACAAAUGGUGCUAACACGUGGAGGACCACAAAGUCCUCGAAGUAAAGCAGGUGCGAAGUGGUUGUCAAAAAUCCGUAAAGGUCAGGUGGCUCCAAAAGGAUCGCAAACGAGUUUUGCGACUUUAAAUCAAACUCGUAUUGAAAAUGUGGCUGAUUGGGAAGCAAUUUCCAAGAAGUAUCGAGCUCUUGUUGGUCUUGACGGAGAUGAGUCGAUGUCUAUAAAGGAUGGAGCUGAUGACGACAAAUCAAAGCAAGACGAAGAUGGUGUUGUAGCCGCACAACCGGUGCAAGGCAACAACAAUGCUGCUGCCAAUCUCGUGUAA